GUGCAUUGGUACUCAUCUCCCAUUGGUCACUUCUUCCAUCAAAAUAAAUCCAGAUUCCCUGAAUCUUCUUCUUUCAUCCUCAAGAUUCCCCUUUUUUUUCCGGCCAAACUUUGAGAUGGAGUCAGGAACAUGGAGGUUUCUGAUGUCUUUUUUGCCACUGGUUAUAUAUUUACUAUUCAUCAUAUACUCCGGUUAUAACUCUCCACAGCCAACGACAACGACAAGUAGGUGCAGCCUGCUUCCUCAUCAUCAUUACUGGAUCGCAAGCAAACGCAUCGUGACACCUCACGAGAUAUUUUCUGGUGCAGUUGAGAUUAAUGGCGGAAGCAUCAUAUCGUUGGUCAAAGAAAAGGAUUGGCUGGAAAGAGUUAAGAAUGAGCCAGUGAUUGACUAUGGAGAAGCUGUUGUGAUGCCUGGUUUGAUUGAUGUGCAUGCACAUCUCGAUGAUCCCGGGAGGGAAGAAUGGGAAGGGUUUCCUUCAGGAACAAGGGCUGCUGCUGCCGGUGGGAUAACAACGUUAAUAGAUAUGCCGCUUAACAGUGAUCCGUCUACUGUUUCUGAGGAAACCUUACAACUCAAGAUAAAGGCUGCUAAAGGGAGGAUCUUUGUUAAUGUUGGGUUUUGGGGAGGUCUCGUACCCGAAAACGCAUUUAACGCAACUAUCCUACAAAAUCUCUUAAAUGCGGGUGCUCUUGGUCUAAAGUCUUUCAUGUGUCCGUCAGGAAUCAACGACUUUCCCAUGACAGAUGCUAGCCAUAUUAAGGAAGGGCUAUCUGUGUUGGCUAAGUACAAGAGACCUUUGCUUGUACAUGCUGAAAAACAACAGGAAGUUGAACUGAAAGACGGUGAUGAUGAUCCCCGGUCCUAUUCUACUUAUCUGAAAACCAGACCCUCCUCAAUGGAAGAAACCGCCAUUAGAGAGUUGCUAACGGUAGCAAAAGACACUAGAACUGGUGGUCCCGCUGAAGGAGCUCAUGUUCACAUUGUUCAUCUCUCGGAUUCAAGAUCUUCGUUAGAACUGAUCAAGGAAGCGAAAAGUAACGGUGAUAGUGUAACUGUCGAAACCUGCCCCCAUUAUCUUGCCUUUUCAGCAGAAGAGAUCCCGGAUGGCGAUACGCGUUUUAAGUGUGCACCGCCCAUUCGCGAAGCAGCUAACAGACAAAAACUCUGGGAGGCCUUGAUGGAUGGGGAUAUUGACAUGUUAAGCUCUGAUCAUUCACCAUCGGAACCGGAGCUCAAACUAUUCGCCGAAGGUGAUUUUUUGAGGGCAUGGGGUGGUAUAUCUUCGUUACAGUUUGUUCUUCCUGUGACAUGGUCAUAUGGGGUUAAAUAUGGUAUAACUUUAGAGAAAUUAGUUUCAUGGUGGAGUGAGAAGCCUGCUAAACUUGCUAGCCAAGAUCUUAAGGGAGCUAUUGAAAUCGGAAAGCAUGCAGAUAUUGUUGUUUGGGAACCGGAAAAGGAGUUUGAUCUCGACGAAAACCAUACCGUACACCUUAAGCAUCCGAGCAUAUCGGCUUACAUGGGUUCAAGACUUGCUGGAAAAGUUGUGGCGACCUUUGUUAAUGGAAAUCUAGUUUUCGAGGGCGGAAAACACGCUCCUGAUGCAUGUGGUACAACCAUCCUAGCAUGAUCAACGAUGAAAGUAAUCGGUGACCAAUCUAGCACAUAGAUAGCUACCCGAUCAUGCUGCAUACAAGCGACUUUUCUGCCGACAAUUUCGGCUUCUGCAGUUGUACCAGAGGGAAAAUCUGAGGGUGUAAUGCUGAGAUUUAAAAAAAAAAAUCAUAAUUUCAUAUGCAAAUAUAAGUUUGUUAUGAUUGAAUGUUUAGUGUUCCCAUCAACAGUUAAGCAUAAAUUACAAUAAGUAGUGGUUUGGAUAUU